AUGAGACCACCAAAGCCUUGUUCUGGUCCAGUAAGCUUCGUCCACUGCCCCGUGUCUUUGGCACUGGAGGGUAGUGGGGCAACUGCUGGAGACCUGCACCGUUCCAGCAUUGGGGUGAGUGCCUUCCACGAGUAUUACUCGGAAGUAACACCUCUACAUUCAAGCAAUUCGACAUUGUUCACCUCACGUUGA